CCCCGCAGCCGCGGCCGCCCGAGCUCCGAGUCCGACCCGACGCGUGGCCGGCGCCGGCCUGGACGUGGGUCCCUGCCUGUCCCCACUGGCAUCUGCAGUGAGCGGCCUGCCCCUGACAGCCGGCCACCCCCAGGAUGGGCGAGUUCAGUGAGAAGAAUGGGACCUGCGGCACCGUCUGCCUCAAGUACCUGCUCUUCACCUUCAACUGCUGCUUCUGGCUGGCCGGCCUGGCCGUCAUGGCAGUGGGCAUCUGGACGCUGGCCCUGAAGAGCGACUACAUCAGCCUGCUGGCCUCGGGCACCUACCUGGCCACGGCCUACCUGCUGGUGGUGGCGGGCAUUGUCGUCAUGGUGACCGGGGUCCUGGGCUGCUGCGCCACCUUCAAGGAGCGGCGGAACCUGCUGCGGCUGUACUUCAUCCUGCUGCUGCUCAUCUUCCUGCUGGAGAUCAUUGCUGGCGUCCUGGCCUAUGUGUACUACCAGCAGCUGAAUGCUGAGCUCAAGGACAACCUGAAGGACACCAUGACCAAGCGCUACCACCUGCGGGGCCACGAGGGUGUGACCAGCGCUGUGGACAAGCUGCAACAGGAGUUCCGCUGCUGCGGCAGCAACAACUCCCAGGACUGGCGGGAGAGCGAGUGGGUCCGCUCGGGCGAAGCCGGCGGCCGGGUGGUCCCUGACAGCUGCUGCAAGACGGUGGUGCCGCACUGUGGGCAGCGGGACCACGCCUCCAACAUCUACAAGGUGGAGGGCGGCUGCAUCACCAAGCUGGAGACAUUCAUCCAGGAGCACCUGAGGAUCAUCGGGGCCGUGGGCCUGGGCAUCGCCUGUGUGCAGGUCUUCGGCAUGAUCUUCACCUGCUGCCUGUACAAGAGCCUGAAGCUUGAACACUACUGAACUCCGCCCCCUGCUGCCACCGGCCCUGCGCGCCCCUCCUGCCUGAGGAGCCCCAGCCUGUGCCUGCCCCCCACUGUGUGCUGUGUGCCACCACCCCAUCUGGGGCCCCACCCCAGGGGAGCGUCAAGUGCCUUCUACUGAGUACCCAGGCUGCAGCCUGGGCCCACCCCAGCUGCCCCUCCAGCAGGGAGAGUUCUGAUGCCCCCCCCCCUGCUGUAUCUUGAAGACACGGGAACUUGGGUGACUUCUACGUGGCAGUGGGGGGGCCUGGGGAGUUCAGGGGUGCUGGGCAGCAGCAAGGAGUCAUGGUCCUGCCCAACCCUUCCCUCCUCCAGCUGCUGGCUGCAGGCGGGCUGGGGUUUUGUCCAGUGCUGUCUCACCCGUGCCCACAAGGCCCCGCCCUGCUCAAUAAACACUCGUGAACAGCCGCAGACUCGCCCCAUCAGCCACUGGGCCUGGGUCU